ACGAAAUGCAUCCGAUAACUUAAUUCACAGUAGUAUUCGAUAGCUGCAACGUGCGAUAUCGAUUGUCGGAAGCAACCCUUCAUUUUGUGGCGGAUUGACGCUCUUUUGCUGGCAAAAUAGAAAAUUAAGAAUUUUUCAUAAUCGUGCAAAGCGUUUUGUUUUAGAUUUUUGCAGCGAGCGUUUCCCGCAGCUAUGAGACGGCGCAGCGAGCGAAAAAAGUCCGCCUCGCCCGCCCCGGUGCCGGCACGGAGAAGCCGCCGCUCCCUCAAGGUGUCCGAGAACGAAAAGACGGAGGACGAUGCAGCCAAUGUGCAGGAGGAGCCGCAGACCCCCGCAUCGCGGGAAGAAGCUACUGAGGCACGUGCCUCCAGCGAGGAACCAACUGGUUCCCCGGUGCGCAAGGGUCGCGGCAGCCGCUCGACUCCCAAGAAGCGAGCCGAUGGUAAGAAUAGUUCCGACCGAAAGGUUGAACCAAUACCAGAGGAGCCUGAAAACGGCCAGCAUGCCGAAAAGCAAAGCGAAGAAGAGGAAAAGGAGGUGGUCACUGAAAAGAGUGAGCCAUCUGAUAACAGAGGCGAGGAUCUUGUAAAGAAGCGGGAGACUGCAGGCCAAGAUAAGGAAGUGACCUCUGAGGACAAUGAUGACAACGAUGACAAGCCGAAAAGGAACGCCGAGGACGAAGAGGACGGACAAGACAAGAAGAAGAGCAAUCAAGAGCAAGAGGUAACAGUUCCUUCUCCUUCAGUUAGCCUAACGGCCAGCAAGGAUGAGGAACAUCUAAAAACGUCAAGCGAUGUAUUAGACAUUCAGACAGAAGACGUCGAGGAGAGGGAGGAGGAACCCCCCACCAGGAAGCCGAAGAAGAAGUCCAAGGACCAGAUUCCCGAGAAAGAGGAGGAGAAGGUUGCUGAGGAAGAGGAGCAAAAGGAAAACCGUAAGCAUGGAGAUGAGGAUAUCGUGAAGGCUAGCGAUGAAGACACAGAUCUUCCAAAUGACAAACACGAGGCCGUAAUAACCAAUAACCAGAAUAACAGCACCAUAGCAACCGCCUCAGCCGAAACUCCAGCGUUGCAGCAACAACGUUCGGUGAGGAAGCGUAAAUGGUUGACGAACAAAAAGGCAUCGGAUCGUGCCCCGCCCGUACUGGCCAUUUCAACGGACUCACUGAAGAACAUUAUCGCCGAUGUAGUACAGCCGGUGCCGCUAAGUGAUGUCCAGUUAGAAUCCUCGUCCGAGGAGGAGGGUCUAGUCACCAGUGACCGCGAAUCGGAGCGCUCGCUUUCGCCGUCUUCGGCCAAAGAGCGCGUCGUCGAGGUCCCUGCCGUCAAUACUAGUUCUGAGUCAACUGGGGAUAAGGAAGGGGCCAGUGGUGCCGCUGGCAGAACAACUCCGCCACCUGGCUCUGCCGAUUCGGCGCCAGCACAGAGUGGUUCCAGCAAGGCCACAGUAGCAACGCCAGCCCCACAUGUAGUCCGUUCCCCCAGUCCAGCUCGUAACCGCGCCAGCCACGUGCUUUACAUAACCAACCUGGUUCGGCCCUUCACCGUUAUGCAGUUAAAGGGCCUGCUGGCGCGGACGGGCAAGAUCGUCGAGGAUGACGGCUUCUGGAUAGACCGCAUCAAGUCCAAAUGUUAUGUCGCCUACUCAUCAGAAGACGAGGCCAUUGAAACCCGUCAUGCCUUGCACGGAGUGCGUUGGCCAGUCUCAAACCCAAAAUGCUUGAAUGUCGACUUUGGUAGCCGAUUGGAUAUGGAUCGUGCGAUAGAAUCCACCAAGGAUGAGGCACCAAAGUACGGUCAAGAGAACACCAGGGACAACCAGCAACCAGGCAAUGCUUGGUCCCGAUUAGACACAGCCGAUAAAAAGCCCAUACGACCAGUUCGGGAAUGGGAUGUAGGAAAGAAGGAGCCGGGUGAGCACGACAAAGCCGGCAGUGACAAGCGUCGAGGGAGCAAGGACCGACUGGAAUCACGAUCUCGAGACACGGAACGGGCCGGUCAGGAACGCAAGCGGUCUAGGGAACGAGAGGGUCGAGGACGCGAUCGCGAGCGUGAACGUGAUCGGGAACGGGAAAGGGAGAAGGAGCGUGACCGCGGCGAUCGCAACGCACAUGGACGUAGUCGCAGCGGAUCACCAGCAACCAAAGCCAAAAGAAAGGAGAAUGAACCACCCAUCAGGCUAUUAGAUGAUUUAUUUCGUAAGACUAAGGGAACGCCCUGCAUCUAUUGGCUGCCAUUGACGCCGGAAGCUAUUGCAGAAAAAGAGGCAUUCCGUCAAAAACGCAUCGAGGAACACAAGCAACGCAUCAAGGAGCGAGAGGAGCGACAGAAGGAGCGGGAGAAGGACCGUGACCGGCAGCGCGAUUCGCGCCGUAACCGUUCCAAUGAACGGCGGCGAUCGCGCAGUCGCGAGCGGGAACGGCGACGUUACUAGGCGGAGGCUUGAGAUUGAGCAAAUAAACUAUCUCAAAAAACUAACAUCAACAUCCAUAAAACUGAAACGAAAAACAGCAACUGAAACUUCUUCAGGGUUCCAUUAUUACCCGAAUCUCUCCAAAAUAUUUUCAAGCGUUUUUGCGCAUUCAAAUACAUUAGCAGUUGUAAUAUUCAACUUGAAGUCAAAUGUACUUCAAUUUGAAUAUUUUUUACUGACGUUUUGACAUUCUAACUUUGAGAUUCAAAUUACCCUUUUCCCAGAACUCUUCUCAUUGUUGUUGUUUUCUAUAUAUCACAUAUAUAUUUCUAUAUAUAUAACCUGAUUUGAUUUUUUUCCUCAAAUGUAGCAUUUUACAGCGCCUAACGUCACCCCGUCACCCCUAAAAACAUCCACAGCCCCACUACAGCAACUUCGCAAGUGCGGCAGCAGCAGUGUCAACGCAAGGAGUUCGUCUUUCCGGCGGAAUCUGUUAACUUGCAGCAAGUUAUUAUGCUUACUUCUAUAUAUAUAUAUUAAAACGAACAGAAAAUAUUUGAUUUAAUAAUUGUAAUACCAACUCUAAAAUUUUAAUGAGCCUAGAAAUACAAUUUAACAUCAGUCGGCAACUUGUGAAAUGCCACAAAAACAA